CCAGCUGACAAGCGAGAGAGCAAGAUAAGAAAUUCUGAUCAAGUUAUUUAUGGCUUUAGUUCUUGAAGCAAAGCCAAUAGUGUAAGCAGCUUUUUGUUGCACUUUAAUUAAUUCUCAAUAUUAAGAGUAGUGCAUUGAAAGUUCGAAAUGUGAAAGUGUAUUUAAUUGUAGUGUUUUAUCGGUGACCUAUUAACUAUACCGUCAAGCAAGUUGACAAAUAUUAUUGGGCUGUGAUGAUAAAGUCCAACUCUUGUAAACAAACACGCGAUUUCCAACGGAGCAUAAUAUUUGAGUGAGAGCGCUCAAGCGGUAGCUCAUUUCCCAACACACAGACUUGAUUUUGAAACAUUUCGCCAUAAAUGCCAAUAGCACAGAGUUUGAUGAUAUUUUAUCAGUAAAUGCUGCUCAGCUUUUAAGGAAACAAAAUUAAGAUAUCCUAAUGGAUUCCAUACUUAAACUACCGGAUGAGGUCUUGAUACGGAUUUGCAAAAUGUUGGACCGCGAUGUGCAGGAAUACCGCUGGGCUAAUGUUUGUAAACGUUUUCAGUAUAUCUACUUUCAAUUCUUCCACAAUUGGGCUGAAUUAAAUGACAAUUUGGCGCAAAAUUUCGGUCACCUCAUCGGCACCGACGAGUUUCCGCUGAGCAUCAUAAAGACACUCAAUUUGUCGAAGUCCAAAUGUACGAAAGUCUUUUUAAACAAACUACGUGAUUGCCAUAAGGAGAUUGAAGAGGCGAAGCUCUUUUCAUUCACCGACGAGUUCUUGGCUGAACUUUUACCAUUGCCAAAUCUGAAGAAGCUGAUCUGCAUCGGCACUAAUGAUUUGAGAGGCAGCAGCUUGAUAGAUCUCAACAGUCUCACGGAGCUACACAUACACACUAACAAAUUCUUCGAUCCGGAAAAUCUGCUGCAAAUAGCCUACCACAAUCCACUGAAGACGCUCGUAAUGCCCAAUGAUCCACAGAUGUUUUCAAAUAGGUAUGCCUUUGAAUUGGUCGAAAAUCUGAAAAACGUCGAAGAGCUUGUGACUGAGUUUAAUCCCUGUAAAUCUUGGCAACUGAUCGGCACGUUACCGAAACUGAAAAAGCUCGAACUCUGGGAUUUCCACAGUUGUGAGUGUGAGCUGUGUUUGGAGGACCCCAAUUCAUGCGAAGUAUGCGGAAGCCAAUAUCCCAUGCCCUCCUUUGACGAGUUGUACAAGAGGAAUCAGCUAGAAGAAUUGGUGAUUUGGCAGAGGAAAGUGUCUGAGCUACAUCAGAAAAUCAACAGAAAUUCGAAGCUGACAAAUUUGCAGCGUUUGAAUUCAUACAAAGCAUACGGCAGCCAACAUGCCAUCUUCUUUGACGAAUUGUGCAAGAGGAAUCAGCCAGAAAAAUUGUGGAGUUUCGACAGGAAAGUGACUGAGCAACAUCUCUUAAGAAUUUCGGAGCUGACAAAUUUGCCGGGUUUGAAUUCACACAAAGCAUGCCGCAGCCAACAUGCCAUGCUCUUCUUUGACGAAUUGUGCAAGAGGAAUCAGCUAGAAGAAUUGGUGUUUGGGGAAAGUAAAGUGUCUGAGCAACAUCUCUUAAGAAUUUCGGAGCUGACAAAUUUGCAGCGUUUGAAGUUCUGCAUAACCUCUAUGCCAAAACCCCUAUCAUUAGAUGGUUUCAAAGAUUUGGUUAAUUUGGAAGAGCUACAACUCGUUGCCUGUUAUGAAGUGAAUACGGAGGGGUCACUUGAGCUAAUAAGGAGAUGUCAGAAACUGAAAAUACUGAACUUUUGCUUUGCUUUCGGCAUAACUGUGAACUUUCUUACGGAGGCAAAUGAUAUCUUAAGCCAAAGACAACCGCCAUCAACGGAACCUUUGACCUUGACAUUCCACAGUCCUGAGAUCUUUCAGACAUUUCAAACUCUUGAAAAACCGCUUCCAUUUCUAAAAUUUAUAACGGUAACAAGAAAGUAUGUAGAGGCCGAAGAAGAUUAUUUGAAAAGAGAGGAGGAUAUUGUGAGUCAAACGGAUGUUGAGGGCGACUCCUUGAAUAGGAAAUUCCGUGUCAUGAACAUGGGCUCGGAUCAAACGGAAUUUGAAUUCAAAGUUAAAUGCACGUCAAACUAAAGCUGAGGCAAAAUGUAACGGUUGACACUUGCGGUAUAACUGAAAUUAUGCUUCAAAAGAAAUGGUUGAAAAAUUAAAGAAUAUAUUUUUAUAAUCACUUAGUGCCUUCUUUUGGCUUAAAUGAACUAUUUUUGUUAUUUCUUGUUGAUUUGAAUAACCCUUCAAUGGCUACCUGUGAUCUGAGCGACCGAUACGAAUUUGGUGUUUACAACCCUUGAUGUUUUCCAUAAUAUAUAUGGUGUCGAGUGUAGAUUAAACACGACUAUGUUAUUGAACACGACUAUAUUACUGAACACGAC